GAAUUCACAUUAUGUGUCCUGGAGAAUGCUGACCAAUAUCUAACCUAAUCUUAGAAAGCCUAAGGGUUAAAGUGUGGAGAGAGAUGCCUCUUGUAUCCUGGCAGGCCGUCCCACUAUUUAAUGUGGCACCUGUCUGCCUGUGUUCUCUGUUUUGGGUUUGAGACUUCCAAUGAACCAACUGACUAGAUGUAUACAUCUUCCUUCUUCACAGGGCCAGGUGAUUUAUCUUGCUCUAGGUGGUACUCAUCUGACGUUGUGAUGAGAGCAACUGCAGGUGGGCGUCUUGCCAGCUCUGGUUCUGUCUUCAUCAGCACUACCAUCUCACCUUGCAUAAGAGUUGGAACUACAGGGGGAAAGAGAUGGCUCCGUGGUUAAGAGCAUUGGCUGCUUUUCCAUAAGACGCAAGUUCAAUUCCCAGCACCCCACCUGGCAGCUCACAACUGUUUGUAACUCCAGUUCUAGGGGAUUGGAUGCACUCUCCAUAGAUACCAGGCACAUACUUCAUAAAAUAAUAAAAUAAUGACUCAGAAAAGUCUGAAUUGCUCAAGGCCACUAAAGGCAGUAAGGUGACACAUUCACACUGAGCUCUGUGGUCUCCCACCCUCUACCCUCCUUGCAUGCACAGUCUUCAAGGUAGCGUUGGAAGGAAACCUGGGAUAGGACUGACACUUCCAUGCUUUGAAGAAAUCAGUUUCCACUUUUUGUUUACAAAGAAAAACCUAAGUGUCUUUUGACACUCGAAAGGUCCCAACAGUGUGGGACCUUGGCAGAAGCCACAAGGCCAUAUAUAGAAAUAAAAACUUUCUUCUUUUUAGUUGUUUCAGGCAUUUUGAUUGUAGCCACCAAAUAGUGUCCUUGGAGGUGGGUGAGGUCACUGCUGUUCUCAGCCUUGCUAUUCUUGACUCCUUAAAUUCCAGCUUAUCUGGCUGUCAGGAAACCUACGUGUGGGUGUGGUGGCUGGUUGUGACUCAUGUUGGGCCACACCUGGAGUUUUGAGCUGUAAUUUAUAAACUCUACUAGUACUCUACCCAUUAAUCACCAGUUCUUGAUUAAUGAAUGGUCUUUCAACAGGGAGUGCAGUGGCUGUGUGAGACCUUUUCUACUCAAAAAACAAUGAGGGAUUGAACCUAGGGCCUUAUGCACUUGUGCACUGCCAAGGGCUCCACGAUCAGCUACAACUCCAGACCUUUUUAUUUUGCGAUAGGUUUUUGUCAUCUGCCUAGGCAGACCUUGAAACUUUGCUCUUCCCGUCUUGGCCGCUGGAGUAAGCUUGAGUUUCAGGCCUAUGCCACAAGUCUGAGCUACAACCCACGGGCUUCUUUUGUGCCCAGCCAUUACUAUAAGCAUGAUCAGUAUACUAGCCCUUGUAAUUCUUCUCAGUUUUCUUUUUUUUUUUUUUUUUUUUUGGUUCUUUUUUUCGGAGCUGGGGAUCGAACCCAGGGCCUUGCGCUUCCUAGGUAAGCGCUCUACCACUGAGCUAAAUCCCCAGCCCCUCUUCUCAGUUUUCAAUACGAAUAGUAUUGCCUAUACCCAAAUCCAUCAGGCAUUUGCAGAUUACAGCUAGAGAUCACAGAUGGCACUCAUUUCUCCGGCUAGGCUAUUGGGGUUUAAGCAGCUCUGCCAUGGGGUUCAGUAAGUCCUCCCCUUACUAAUCCCUUCUAUGACAUUCUGAGUUUUUAACUUAUUUGACCAAGUUUCUAUCUGUUGCAACCAUAGUGACUUGGCUGAGACAGUUGCUGUGAGGAGGAUUUACUGAGGGGAACGAUGCCCUGUGCUGUAGGACACUCUGAAUAGAAUGGGUCUGGGCAUCAUCGUCAGUUAUACUGAAGGGACCUACUGCUACGGGAGAUUUGUCACUUGGUCUCUGGUUCCUUCCUUCUCGUAACUGAAACUUCAGUUACCCUUUGGGAAAUUACAUCUAUCAUUUUCAGUCUUUGGAAACUAUUCACAAAAGCUCCCACAACCAAAACAUAAAGAACAGGCAUGGUUUCCUCUGGAGUAUCACGCAAACGAAGUUAGGCGAGGGCUAGUGAGACUAAAUAUGUUGUCGAAACUGUGCCUCUCUCUGGUAUUCAGCUGCAAGCUACAGUCAACCCCACUUCAGAUAGGGUAGUCAACUCUGGUAGUUUCGUGGCAGCGCAUAAUCCAGAAAUAAGCAGCUGCGAGCUUUGGUUCAGUUGCUCAACACUGUUUGGACUGCUGUAUGGGUGAUAUUCUUGGUCUUCCCCUCACAAACACAGAGUCCCUACAGACCUUCCUGCACUGCACCCAAGGUCAAGGCAGAGAGAGAUGAGUUUCAGUUUUCCUUACUAGGACAUUAAAAUCUCUUUUAAAACUCCCAACUGUCUUCGUCCUUGUAUAUUCUAGUUGGGUCUGCAUCUCGUGACCCUGUGAGCUGCAAGGGGAACAGGAAGGCCAGAAUUUACUUUCUGCAGUUCCUGGUGAAGGAAGCAGACUGUGAUUGCACUUACGGGGACACCAGGAAGCAGCUUUGGCUCUCCACCAGCUGCACCAGAGGGGACAAUUAGAUCCCAGUCCAGGGCUCCGCGCCUUCCAGAUGUAACUCUCAAGCUUUCAGCUCUGUUAAGGUUUCCACACAGGCUUGGCUUCAGGCUAUUUGGUCUUCAGCUGGUACUAUUUUUGGAGUUUCUGGGAACCGUGGGACGUGGAGCCGCGCUGGAGGAAGCCGACCAAGGUUAGCACAGCUUGUUGGUUCUGGUUGACAAGGUUCACUCGGGCGUCUGCCCUUCCAGGCCUCUUUAUAAUCUACUGGCCUAGCUCUCAGACUUCGAGUUCAUUAACUUGUUAAUUUUUAUUUUAUUUUACUUUUGCUACCUCCACAGAUACAUGGGAGUACAUCUACAUAAAAAACAAACAUAAAAUCUGGACUGUAUUUUUUGAGGACAUUUUUCUGAAAUAAUGGGAACUGAGAAUGAGGGGGUGGGGAACACCCAAGCCCUCACACCCACACCAGCACAAUGGUUAAUUCAGAUUAGUAAUAAAGGGCUGUUUUGUGUUUCUUAGAAUAGCGUGGUCCCUAGAUUAUGGCACAAACAACCUCCAGAGAGAGCCAGCCUGCUGCCAGGAAGAGGGACUUGAAGAUCAGAGGCCAGGAAGGCAGCAAUGGCCUUGCCAUGGUAGGACACAGAAUCCCUUUUUUAAAAAGGUUCUUGGGCUGGGGAUUUAGCUCAGUGGUAGAGCGCUUGCCUAGCAAGCGCAAGGCCCUGGGUUCGAUCCCCAGCUCCGAAAAAAAAAGAAUAGAAAAAAAAAAAAUAAAAAGGUUCUUGAUGUCACAGAUGAAAGAAUUUUAAAAACAAGAUACAGAGGGGAACUUGAUGGCAAUUUAUUGGAGUUAGAAAGAAAAAACAAUGGGUCAUGCAGCUGUUGGGGGAGGAAGACGAGGAGUGGGGAGGGAAAGGUAUCCCCAAGUCACAAGCCAGAAUGCACCCAUCUUCACCAGUGACCAUCUGCAAGCAAGUCGGUGUGGGGCAGCUGGAGGAUAUAAAUAUUUCACUAAUGGGAGAGCUGCUCUUGGGCAUCCUAAUUUAUCUCUCACCAUUUAGCUUAAUUUCCUCUUGGUCGAGUAACAAAAUAGCCUUUGCUCUUUGAUUCAGGAGAUGAGGGAGGGGCUCUUACCUAUUUUACAAACAACACACUUUACAGUGCUAUUGAAAUGGUUCAUACAUCCAGAGCAUUCACUGUUUCCGGGCACCCAAAUCUUCCUCUGACCUCUGUGGGCUUCUGAGUGCACACAAAGCACAUACAUGCACUCAUGCAUACACGUAAAAUAAAAUAUAAAAAGGAAAGAAAGAAAACCGGUUUACAAGUCAAGCAACAUGCUAGGUGUGGUGGUGCUUGUCUCCAAUGCCACCAGGUAAGAGAGACAAGAGGAUUGCUGUAAUUUUGUGGCCAACGUACUCCACAUAAGAAGUUCUAGUCCAGUUUGGGCUACCUUAUCUCAAAGAAACAAAAGCAAACAACCGGCCUCUCCCUCAAGUCAAACUACUUUCCCAAGACCAGCAGUUUGGAUAUCAGACUCUAUCCUUUGCUGCCCCACCCCAUGUAUUUAGCACAUACAAGUAUGCACACGGCAUUCCCUCAAGGAGCUGAGCCUGAACUUUCCUGACCCCCACCCCUCCCUGUUCAUUCCUGCAGGUGAUCAUUACAAGAGUAAGUCGCCGGAAAGGAAAUUGACCUCCUUAGUUAUUGGCUAAUAUUUCAUAAAAAUGAGCUGUACAUGUCACUUGGACAGAACAUCCAGUUCUCAGGAAUGGGUGUGGUGUUUGAGGCGGACUCUGUGAUGAUUUCCUUUUGAUGUUUUACAGCCUGUCAGCUCCUGAUAACUUAUGUGGUCUGAAGAGAAUUAAACUGCAUUUCAUUAAAAAACAAAAACAAAAACCAGUUGUUUGCUUCAGGGUCAUUACAAAUCCAGACUGCUUUCCCGUUUCCAGCAUAUCCCAUUACCAGAAAGAUUUCCUCUUCUUCCUCUUUAGAGGAUGAAGUCAGCCACUCAUUUUUUCCCCCAGUUUCUAAAUAAUGAGGCAGGUUUUCUAGGACAAAGGACCUGGUUGUUAGGACAUGUUUUCCACUCCCUGAUAAAAGGAGAAGGCUGAAUUUCUCCAUGUGCAGUAUUAUUAUGUGAGAGCAGUAGAAAUAAAAUUGAAGGCUGCUGGGAGGAGUCUAGGGCCGAGACGAAUGAGUGCCUGAGCUAUUUCGGGGCGGGUAGAGCAGAGCAGCAGCUAGACCAAAAGAGGUCAAGGACAUAGAUUUGCAGCUUUGCCCACAGCUGACUCGUGGGGCGGGAUCUCUGUUCUCCAGAGCACCGCCUUCUAGGGGGCGGGACCAGAGCGAAGGGUGGGGCCGCGCUCCGUCGGGGCGGGGCCUGUGGAAUCUCCGAACUCCUAGACACGGGGCCUUGGCGCGCGUCUCCCGGCGCGGGGUUCCUCUCACGCAGCCUCCCAUUCAAAAGAUGCCGAAGGGGCGGCGCGGCAGCCAGAACCCCAAGAUGAGCCAGCGGCCGGCCCCGCCCCUUUACUUUCCGUCGCUCUACGACCGGGGCAUCUCGUCGUCUCCGCUGAGCGACUUUAACAUCUGGAAGAAGCUCUUUGUGCCGCUGAAGGCGGGCGGGACGCCGUCGGCCGGGGUGGCAGGGGUAGCGGGGGUCCGACCCCUGCCUCUGGCACCUCCAGCCACGGUGCCUCCGCCGCCGCCUGGCCUGGGUCCCCCCAGCGAGCGCCCCUGUCCUCCGCCCUGGCCAUCCGGUCUGGCCUCUAUUCCCUACGAGCCUCUGCGCUUCUUCUACUCGCCGCCUCCAGGCCCCGAGAUGGCAACUUCGGCCCUGGUCCCGGGCUCCACGACCCCCUGGCUCGCCUCCGCCUCCCACCCGGAGGAGCUGUGUGAGCUAGAGAUCCGGAUUAAGGAGCUGGAGCUGCUCACAAUCACUGGGGAUGGCUUUGACUCCCAGCGCUAUAAAUUCCUGAAGGCGCUGAAAGAUGAAAAAUUACAAGGACUGAAGACGACCAGGCAACCUGGAAAGUCGGCCUCCUUCUCCUGAGGAGCUGCCCCCGCCCCGGAGCUGGGCAGCCGCCUCCUUAGGUGUUAGUGCUUAGAUAAUGUGUCCUAGUUGUUGUCAUUUCAAAGAUGGUUAUUUUCUGUUCUGUAUUUACUACUGUUAUUGUUGCUCUCAGCACAUGCUUCACAUACAGUGCCCGCUUGCAUGAUAAA